GAGUUGUAUUUCAAAUAAAGUUUGAAUCUGAACCUGUGUAGUUUGAAUGGCGGGGGCUCAAUAAUGUUCCUAUCUAGAAAAGGGGGCUCUGCAGAGAAAGUUUGGGAAUCACUGGCCUAAACGGACAUAAAAAGCGCGUGUGCUCGCGUUUGCGGCGCAACUGUAAAAACGUGCGUGUGCGCGCAUCUACGCGAACGUCAAUGCGUGCUAUUGUGUUCGCGUCUACGUGUGCCUAUUUCCUCCAAUUCCCAGAAACAAACGGGAACACUUCCGCCGCAGUCCGUUACCUAGAAACAGCCAAGCAAAAAGCUCAUAUCACUCUGUAGUCUCUUAUAAUGUGGUUGUGUCAUGGCAACAAAUUUCAGCAAGUAUAUAAGAAAUUUCUAUUAAAAUUAAGCUACCUAGCUGGUCACUAAAUGUACCAUAAUUUAUGGAUUUGUCCCGUGGUUUUUAGCCGAGUCUUCCAUUGAAAUAACGGUAAGCGCAGCAAAUGUAGUAUGCACCCAAGGCAUUAGCCUGCUUCUUAUAGUAAACAAGCCUGUAGUUUACCUAAUUAAAAAGAAGUACUUACCAUGUGUUAAACAGCCGUAUAUAGCUUACAAAAUUACUGUCUUACAAUACGAUAAAUAAUACGUGCCCUGGGGAGGUCGCUGGCUGUCGUAUUGAUGUUAUUGGAAGAUUAGCGACGUAAAGCAAUAAACUGCAGCACUCAUUAGCAAGAAGAUGGAAGACAUGUCUUUGGGGACCAUGCUGGCGUACACAAGGAGCCGCAAAACCUCCAGGAGAACCACGUUUCAGGACGAAUUGCAGGCUGCAAUCUCAGCCAGGGCUCAGAGAAGUACGUACCAGGAAAGGUAUUCUUACUCAGAUGACUUUGACGAUGAAGAUGAUAUAUUUAAGGAACUGCUACAUUUUUCCAAACAGAAGAAGAGUGGGGCAUUGAAAUUGGAAAAGAAGAAAUCCAAAAUCAAUGACUUCAGGCUUUCUGAUGAUGAGGAUGAAAAUGUGAAACCCAAGCGAGUAUCAUUUCUGAAAACAAAGAAAAAGACGUCUUCCCCACCCCCAGAAAUCUCGGAACAGAGGGAGAGCCCAGAGCCACCGGUAGACAGUGGUCCAGAUGGUAGCCAUAGUGAUUCCAUACAGUCGUUUCACUCUAGAAGCAGUGUCCUGGAUUCCAAGGAGUCUCCAACCUUGGAGAGGGGUCAGUGGAAAUCCCCUUCACCUUCACCCCGUGACACUGGCGAGGUCAGACCAGAGACAAGAAUUGUAGAUGAAGAAGAUUCCAGCCUCCAGCCCAAGGAACCAAACACAUUUAAGACCAGCUCCACAGGUAGUAUUUUGGAAGAUGAGUUGCCCAAACCAAAGCCUCGUCAGAGGACCCUGAAGUUCCCCACUAACACGGAGAGCGAGUCGCUGCCAGAGAGGCCUCUCACGUCGUCUGUGUCCAUCCCCCUGUCCCCCACGGAGAUGGACAGCACCAGAAAUGGGGCCUUCCACAACUCUAGUCCUCAGAGGGCUCCCAGAGAGGACGUCUCUGUUUCACCAAAGUUCAGCGCACAGACAUUUUCUACUGAAGAUCAGCUUGACAGUUCUGUCCACCAAUCCACGCCUGGCUCAGUGAGUAAAGAGUCGUGCGCUUUGGAAGACGGAGAAGAAGAAAAUUCUCAAAAAAACGGCAGGUCCUUUGAAGAGAAGCAGGAGGACACUGCAGAUGGAUCGCAGCUUAGCGCAAGUAUGGAGAGCAGUGUGGCAGAAAAGGCCAGGGAGAGGCCGACAAGUUCCUGCACAGCCAGAUCUCAGAGGACCCAAAUCUGCCGGCCGCACACAGCACAAUCUCGAUACCUGGGGACGCUGAAAGUUCUGGAUCACAAAGCGUACACUAAAGAAUCGCAGGCUGAAAAUGCUGACUCUUUGAGGGCCACAGUGUACCAGGAGUGGCUAAAAGGUAAAGAUCAGAAGAUGAAGGAAACAUUGAGGGUCAAAAAACAAGAAGAGAAAACACUAGCAGAGAAAAAGAUUCAGGAAGCCCUGGAUAAAACGGGCGAAGCCAAAGCGUCAUUUGAAGCCUGGAAGGAGAAGAAAGCAGAAGUCACGAAAACAAAAAUGAGAGCAGAGCGAGAAAAGAUCAGGAGGCAGCAGAUGGAAACAGAUGAGAAGGAGGAGAAGAGAGAAGAGGCCAAGAAGGUCUUCGAGAAGUGGAAACAGGACCAGGACAAAUGUCUGAAGGAGAAGCAGCAGAUGGAGAAGGUGAGCGGGAGCAGGCUGAAGCAGAAGCAGGAGGAGCAGACGGAGACGAGGAGGAGAGAGUGUACGUCAGCCUUCAGCAAGUGGAGUGAAAAAAAGGAGGAGAUUAUUCAAGAAAAAGUGAAGUUGGAGCAUCGGCAGAAGAGGAUAAAGGAAGAGGAGGAGAAAUAUGAGAAAGAGGAGAAGAGCAGAAUGGCCCUGGAGAUGUACGAGACGUGGAUGCGACGGAAGGAGCGUCAGAGGCGACGAGAGAGGAGACAAAAGAGAAUCGACUCCAUUCUGCUGGAGGCCCCCCCCCCAUGGAGCCCACCCAGUAAGACAGUGCCCUAUGGGAAAUAGACUCAUAGUUUAAUUAAUUUAUGCAUUACAAUGCAGCCAGACCAGGAUCUCUGUGUUGUGGCUAAAACACGACUGUACAUAUUUUAACAAACGUUUAAUCAUAUCUCUGGAAUCCUUUAUUAUAUAUUGUAGCUUAGCUGGGAUGUUGUUGGUAACACCAAGGACAUGACAUUCACAUGAAUGGGUGACUCUGAGUUGGGUGUCUUUACUCCUGUGUGUGUGUGAGCGGGUUUACCUAUCCUUAUGGGGACAUAAUGUCCCCAUAAUGUGAUAAAUAUCCGUUUUUUUCCCUUAUGGGGACCGGUUUCCUGGUCCCCAUAAGGGAAAACUCUAUU